AUGGCCAUCUCCCAUUCAUGGAAACGUGCAGCUCUCGCAGCAAUCGUCCUACUGACAUUAUUCCUCCUGCUGCGGCAUACAUCCUUCUCACCGAGCCUUUCUGUGGUCGAAGGUACAUCUGAAGGCGGGCAGCCCUCGAGACCCUACCCUCCUCCAAAGCCUCCCAAAGUUGGUCAGGAUACGCAGCAAGCAGUCCAAGACGUGGCAGGCAAACCUCUACGAGAAAGAUUACGGUACCAUUUCCCCUAUGACAUCGAGGCCAAAUUCCCUGCGUACAUAUGGCAGACAUGGAAGUAUGGACCGGACUCGGGGAGCUUUGAGGAGAGAUUAAGACCCUUCGAGGCAUCGUGGUCAAAUCUACAUCCUGGCUUUGUCCAUGAGGUGGUGACAGACGACGCUGCAUUACACCUCAUCAACUAUCUGUAUGCCCCAAUGCCGGAAAUCGUUCAAGCAUACGAAGCCAUGCCUCUUCCUGUAAUUCGGGCUGAUUUCUUCCGCUACCUGAUUCUGUUGGCACGUGGCGGGAUCUACAGCGACAUCGACACCCAAGCCCUUCAGUCUGCCACGGCUUGGUUGCCGCAAAACCUGGACAAGUCUACCGUUGGCUUGGUGGUGGGGAUUGAGGCCGAUCCGGACAGACCAGAUUGGAAUGAUUGGUAUGCGAGGAGGAUUCAGUUCUGUCAAUGGACGAUCCAGGCAAAGCCAGGCCAUCCGGUUUUGAGAGAUAUUGUUGCCACAAUUACCGAAGACACGUUGGCCAUGCACAAGGCUGGGCGCCUACGCAAAGGCAAAGAACCAGCCAAGAGCAUCAUGGAGUACACAGGACCUGGUGUGUGGACAGAUGCACUGUUUUCAUACUUCAACAACCAAGAAUAUUUUGAUUUCAGCACCCGGAAAACGAAUGUGUCAUACCCCGAUUUCUUUGCCAUUACCGAACACAAGAAGAUUGGCGAUGUCGUGGUGCUGCCAAUCACGAGUUUCAGUCCAGGCGUAGGUCAGAUGGGCUCGGAAGGACCUGAGCACCCAAUGGCCUUUGUGAGACAUGAUUUCGACGGGUCUUGGAAGCCCGAACAUGAGCGCAUGAAGGGCGAUUGA